CGCCCUCCUCAGGUAAAGGAGGUAAAUUAUUUAUGUUUUCACGUUCAACUCGUUGUCGUAACUACGCUAGACUGAUUCACCCUCUUUUUUUGCACAAUAACAGCGUAAGUAAUAUCAACAAGUAGACGUUCUAUUCGUUGGCGCUCGUGCACGAUGUCGUCCGCGGACGCACGCACCUUUGAAAUGGCCAGAGACGUCAUCCUGUCCUUACACAAAGGCACCUCUGCGGAGGACCUGGUCCACUUCUACAACGUGUGGGCCAAAACCUACGAGCAGGAUGUUGAACUUAUCGAUUACCGUGCGCCAAGUCUGGCAGUGAGCAAAGUCUCCGCCUACUUCGGCGGAGAGCGCCAAGCGGCGGCAGUGUUGGACGUGGCCUGCGGCACUGGCAUGGUGGCCAAGAUGAUGAAGCGAGAGGGAUUCGAGCGCUUUGUGGGUGUCGACAGCAGCGAGGGCAUGCUGCGGUACGCCCGACAGAGCGGCUUGUACCAAGACCUCAAGAUGGCAAAACUGGGAGAUCAACCACUUCCUGUCCCGUCAGAUGCUUUUGAUGUAACGAUCAUCGUCGGCGGUUUAAGUUCAAGUCAGGUUCCAGUGAAGGUGAUCCGGGAGUCGCAGCAGGCCACUAAGCAGGGAGGCCUCAUCUGCAUGACCACUCGGGCUAACCUUGACAACUUGAGCUACAAGGCAGCCUUGGAGGGCGAGAUGAAGCAAAUGGAGGACGAGGGACUGUGGCGCCGCGUCGACGUGACUGUCGUGAAGCAAUUUGAGCGAGGGGUGACCGAUCAUGAAAAGGCAUACAUCCCUGGAUCCAUUUAUCUUUUUCGGAAGCUUUAACAGCCAGCUUUGAAGCUUUUAAUACAAUAACAUGCUGCUUGUCUGCAUGUGCGUAUUUCUGAAUCAAAAACCCUUUCCAUGAA